AUGCGGGUUCAGGAAUUAGCAGAGGUGGUUGCAGCUUUGCAGAAUCGCUUCGACGAGUCACAGAACCAGAUCUCACUAUUGAUUGAUCAAAUGCAACAAUUGACUGAUUCCAUGGGGGUUCUUCAUUCCCAUUCCGGGAAAUCACCGGUGAAUCAUCAAGAUCCAGUCACCGAAUCAUCUUCUUCCGGUCCGGUAGGGGCUCAGAACGAAAUGGAGCAAAAGGAAAAUACAGACCCACGCGCAUUGCUGAAGUUUGUUAAAAUGGAGAUUCCGCUAUUUGAUGGCACAAAUCCAGACAAUUGGAUUUUCAGAUCGGAACUCUUCUUCGACUUGCAGCGGGUUCCACCGGCGUUAAAGGUUCAACUCGCAGGUCUGAGGAUGGAAGGUCCUGCUUCGUCAUGGUUUCAGUGGUCUUAUAAAGGGGGCACAAUUCAGUCCUGGACGGAUUUCACGAAGGUACUCAGGCAGCGUUUUGGUGUGAAACCGCAUCAAAAUAUUACGGGCAUGCUCUCCAAGGUAACACAAACAGGAACACUCAAAGAUUAUCUGUUUGAAUUUGAAAAGCUGAUGAACCAAACCACAAAUGUUGAUGAUGAAUUAUUAUUGAGCUUCUUUGUCUCGGGAUUAUCUUCUGAUCUGCGAAGGGCCAUUGAGAUUCAUGAGCCAAGCACUCUUCAACGUGCAAUGCAUUUUGCGUUUGUAUAUGAUGCACAUUACACAGAACUACGAGUCUCACUGAACAAUGGGGUAUCAACUACUACGAAGAAACCUCAUUUUCGUAGCCCUUAUUCCAGCGAAGGUGUUACAAAUCAUUCUUCCCAAUUGAUUUCAUCAAUGGGGGGUACUACACAGAACAGACCCAUGGCAUCACAAACGUCAAUAUCUCAGCCUACUUCAUCUCUCACAUCUACAUCUCAGACCCCAAUUAAGAGGCUAUCUCAAGAAGAGUGGACCAAGAGGAGGGAAUUAGGCCUAUGCUUUAGCUGCGAUGAGAAAUGGACUAAUAAGCAUCGGUGUAAAGGAAAAUUCUUGUUCAUGGUGGGAGAGGAACUCGAGGAUGAGGACGAGGGGGAAGAAAUUGUAUGGAAUUCUAGUGGGGCUGGCACGAACGUUGAGGAUGCUGCACUGCAUUCUUUAUCAGAGACACGAAAUUCCAAAUCCUUGAAUUUUGUCACCAGCAUUCAAGGACAAACAGUGGCAAUCCUUGUAGAUACUGGAAGCACACAUAGCUUCAUACAAAGGGAGUUGGUCACAACUUUGAAAAUUCCAAUGGUCAGAAUCAGGAAAAUGAGAGUUUUCCUUGGAAACGGUGAAUUCUUAGUGUGUGACUGUAAGUGUCCGAAAGUUAAGUUGUUGGUACAGGGCCAAUCCUUCGAGACAGAUUUAUGGGUCCUUGAUUUGGCUAAUCUAGGAAUCAUUUUACGGAUGACCUGGUUGGAAUCCUUGGGAAAGGUAACACAUGAUUAUAUUCAUUUGACAAUGGAAUUUGAGUGGCAAGGUAAGCUGGUUAUUCUGACAGGUGAGUCUCAAACAGACAACCACAAGAAUUCUGCAUUGGGAGGUUGCUUAGCUAUCACCUGUGACACGCAACAUCAAUUAGAAGAUGCAGUUGAUAAUGAAUUGUUGCAAUUACAGCCCUCUGUUCAUCCAGACCUGUGGCACAUUUUGGUGGAGUAUCAAGCUGUGUUUUCUAUUCCUAGGUCACUGCCACCUUGCCGCCCAAUGGAUCAUGCGAUUCAUUUGGAAGCUGGAGCCAGACCAGUCAAUGUAAGACCAUAUAGAUAUGGUCAUCAUCAAAAAGAGGAGAUAGAGAAACAGGUAUCCGACUUAUUAGCUUCAGGCUUCAUUCGAUACAGCACAAGUCCAUAUUCUUCUCCAGUUUUAUUAGUUAAGAAACAGGAUAAAACUUGGAGAAUGUGCAUAGACUAUAGAGCUCUCAAUUCUCUUACGGUUCGUGGUCGAUUUCCUAUGCCCACCAUUGAUGAAUUGAUCGAUGAAUUAGGAGGGUCCACCAUAUUCUCCAAGCUUGAUUUGAGGGCAGGUUAUCAUCAAAUCAGAAUGCUUCCUCAAGACAUCUCCAAGACAGCUUUUAGGACCCAUGAGGGUCAUUAUGAGUACUUAGUCAUGCCUUUUGGUUUGACUAAUGCUCCAAGUACAUUUCAGGCAGUGAUGAACCAUCUAUUUCGACCCUUUCUUCGCAGGUUUAUCAUCGUUUUCUUUGACGACAUUCUUGUGUUCAGUUCUUCAAUAGAGGAACAUAUACAGCAUAUGCAGAUUACUUUACACACUCUUCACUAG